AUGGCGAUGAGGCGGGAGACGUCCUCGGGCCACCGGGCGCACCUUACACGCGGCACGAUCCCCGCGCUUCCAGCUGAGCCUGCGCGUGGCUCGCCUGACUCGCCCCUGCGCAACCGUCGGUACGUCGCCCCGGGCCCUGACGUUGCCACGGAGGCUCCGCAGACGCGCACCCACGGCCACGACCCGUAUUCGCGCCACGUGUAUUCUCGGCCCGCAGAGCGGCGCGAUAUUCCAUUUACCCCAGAAGUGACGCCCAGCACUGGGCGAAUUAAUGAUUCCCCGCAUGGCAGCCCCUCCCACCCUAGUGGAACUCACAGCGUUGAGGGGAACAGGAAGCCUGUGUGCAUUCGCAUGCUUCUCCCCCCGUCCUUUCCAGAGACAACUGCGUAUGGGGAAACGAGACACCGAGAGCUGCGUUCUUGGCGUGACUUGCCGGCAAACCCCCUCAUUGGGCUUCCUGGCUUGGCAACCCCUGCGGCACCGGUAGAUCGCGAGGACUGCAAAUUUUACUGCGAUGCCUGCCAGAAGGGCUUCUUUGCCCAGGAGCGGUACGACAAACACAUGCUGGAGCACAUCUGGUGCACCGUGCCGGGCUGCCGCUUCACCUGCCGAAAGGGCAAGGAGUGGAAGAUGGAGAUGCACAUGGAGACCCUUCACAACCGUCCGGAUGCGCCUGACCUUGCCGAUGUUGGGACGUACCUGUCGCAGCGUAAGCAGCGCUUCCCUACACAGGACGCGGUGAAGUCGAAGGUGGAGGAACUCUUUUAUAAGGCGUCUAGGGGAGUUAUCCUGCCGGACGAGCGUCGCCGCUGGCUGCGUCAGCACGGUGUCCUUGUGCGGAAACGCCCUCGAACCGAGGAGGCAUACAUUGAUUCCGAUGCCCUGCAGCAGUCUGCACGUGCUGCGACCAGUAAAGCGGCCGAGCGGCACAGGCGACAGCAGCAGCAGCAACACGCGAACGAGGAGGAACCCGAGGAAAAGGAGGAGGUUACGGAGAGGCAGAGGUUGCCGGUGCCGACACCACCUCACCAUGCGGAAGAGGCCGCUGUGAGGGAACAUCUCCCGACGGCAGCGGAGCAUCCUCCAGCUCCCGGGCGCCCAAAGCGGAUUAUUCCCCUUGGUCCAAACGGCACGCUAACGCGAGGCCAGAGGGUGCAGCUCAUACGUGAGCGCUACCGCGAUGCAAAGACCGUGCCAUCGUUCUACGUCUGCCCCCGCUGUGGGGAGAAGGGCCGCCACUGGGUCGACGAAUGCCCCACGAGAGGCGACGAGACCUUCGAGCGGCGGACUGUUUGGGGCGAGGAGCGUCGGGAGCCGCCGCGGCAAAGGCGCCGCACGGAGCGCGACGCUGAAGAGGCGAAACCAGCAGCCCAAAACGCAGGCGACAGUGAGGGCCAAGUCGACGACGCCCCUGCACCUUCAGGAGGGGACGAUAGGGGCACGCAGGGCGGCGUGGCGUCGCCCUGCGACGGCGAGGGCCGUGCAGAGGCUGCGGCCUUGGAGCUCGUGGAGGAUGACGGCGGCCCGCCGGCUGAAUUGUCUGCAAGGAGGCACGACAACUCGGAGGGCGCCACAAACGCAACACCGGAGGUCAGCCGAAUGUUGGCGCCAGUUGCAGCGGCGGCACUGUCGAGGCGAGGGAGGAGGCCACAAGAGGGGCAGUCGCGCCAGUCACAGCCCGCACGUUCCCGCCCUCGGCCUCCGCCGCCCCCGACGCUGUAUGAGCGUCUAGUGGAAUCGCGAAAAGCGAGUGAGCAGGGCCUUCUUCUUCAGGCAUUCCGGUUUUUCGUUAUGCGCAGAUUUUUUGAGCCCUUGUGA